GCCCACUCAUGUUUGCUUCCAUGGCAUACCAUCAAACUGCUUUUAUUUAUUGGAUGAUAAAGUCAUAGCGUUUGUGCAGUCAUGUUAAAGUUGUUUGUAUAAGUCUGCUCGGCUAAACCAAUGGGCACAGUUUGUUUAAGAAGUUGGGCUGUGUGACGAAAUAGUGGGAUGCUAUUCAUGCGCGGUGCCCGGGGAAAGGUGUUCCGGUCGGGAAAAAGCCACAGAGGAAGAAGAAAGGGGGAGGUUGGAAUUUUUUGGGGGAAAGAAAGAAGCCGUACGUUACCUUAAAGAUUUUGCUCCAGUUUUCCUUCAUAGUGCGCGCAGUGCGUGUUGGUCUAUGCGAAUAUGUUUGGGUGAGUCUUACGCGACUUGUUGCGUUUGGUUUUUGUUACACGACUUACACACAUUUUGGGGAAUAAUGGUCAUUUUCUUUCAAACCGGACUGGGCAAAGUGGAUUUUUUUGGUGGAAAACGUUUCGCUUUGAUCUGCCACGAACUCUUUUUAUGAGGAAUAUACUCGUUUAAUGUACCCGAAUCAAACGACUCAAAAACAAUUAUCAGCAAAGAAAAACGUUUUCAAGUUGCCUUUUUUUGAAAGCCGCUAGUCGAGGCAGAGGCACCGUGGAAUAUCCUAUAACCUGUGUGUUUCAUUACAACACUUAAACAAAAUAAGCGGAAACGUGGAGCACACUGGACAUUAUUCAGUAUUCAAACUCUGUUUUUCUCAUUGAACAACCAGUGACGCCGUUUGGAUAAAUCAGCUGAAACAAAGAACCAAGUGGUAAUUAUAAGACUCUCGAGUGAUUUCGAACAGUGGCGGUGGAUCAGUGUUAUGGAUGAGACUGGCGUGCUUACUGUUUGAAUACUCCGCGAGAGUCUGGCGUGUGUGUUUGAAGUAUUACGGGACGAGAAUUAAAGACUCUUUGAAACCUGGUUGUAGUUUACACACUUCCAUUAAUUCGCUGUUUAGUACAAGGCCACAAGUAGCUGCGAAAGGGAUCGCAAACAAAUGGAUAAACACGCUCCUGUUCACGCGCAUGUCCAGAGAAUUCUUCACAUGCAAACAGUUUGGAGACAACUUUUUUCCAUGUCUGACUAGAACAUGUAGCCUGCAGAAGAUGUCAUAGUGUUUUUAUUUAUCAAAGUAUUUAUUUUUGUAGUUAGGCACAACGUAUUCGUUUUUAACAGGCAGUUUUUGUGUAGUGUCCUGUAUUUGUUUUGUUUGGAUGUAAAAUUCACAUAUCGUUUGGUCUCGUAUCUCACCUGCUGUCAAAACACUUGAAAUAUAUUUGUGUCCACACUGUAUUUCACUAUAUUUAUGCAGUACACUAUUUAAACAAGUCAUUUUCAGGUGGCAUUUAUAAGAACUUAGUAAAGAACUUAGUAUUUUAUGUUGUAGUUGAGCUUAAAUUAAAACAGAAUGGAUCGACUCGGCAGCAAACUGAAGCAAAAGCUAAAACUGAGUGACUCUGGAAGUGUCAAAUUCAGCAAAAAGAAAAAUGAGUUGGCUAAUGCAAAUAACAACGCCAACAAUGCCAGCAAUGGAACCGUGACACAGAUCAACCUGCUCACCAACUCCUCUGUUAGCACGCCUCAUUUCUCCCUCGCGUCUGGGGAGGUUUGUGGACAUUCAGGUGGAAGACCUGGCAAGGUGGGCACUUCUCAGAGAAUCACGCCCUCAAAUACUACCACAGUGCCUGAGCAAUGUGGUCCUGGGAUCGAACAUCACCCUUCUACUCUUGCUCCUCUGCGGCGCAGGUCCCCUCCGCAACGAGCAUCAUUCUACCUACCCGAAACAGUGGAGGGCCGAGGUGAAUCAACCAGAGGUGAUGGUGACCCACAUCGGGCGUACAGCCCAAAUUCUAACGCGGCCUUGAACCAGAGGCGUUACUCUCUAGAGCUCCAGCAGCUUGUUCGUCGUCAACAGCUACUUGCCCAGCCUCCUCCGCUGUCGUCGGUACCACCACCGUACCCUACCCCGAGCACAGCAGCCCGUUCAGCUGCCACAGAGCCCAGCUUCCUCCACGAGCUAGAGCGUCAUAAGCGCUUCUCUCUGCAGGAAGCUCUGUUCUACAAGCGUCUGAGCUCUGGUGGUGAACCCUGGGACAGCGACCGACCCGCUUCCCUCUCUCACCCACCGCAGAGGACCUAUGAUAGCGGAGUAGGGGGAUUCUUUUUCCCCCCUGCACCAGCAUUGAGCCCCUGCUCCUCGUUCAGCUUACAGGAGUCCUUGUUGGUGAGCCCUCGCUCGAGUUUCGCCAGCAGUACGGCGAGCGGAGGAGGUGGAGGCGGUGGGAGCCCAAUGGGAAGUCGCUGCAGCAGUAACCGGACGAGUGGCAUCAGCCUGGGCUACGAUACCCGCCAUACACCUGGGCCUGCCCAGCAGCACUCCUCUACCCAACUCUGUGGCCAUGGUUCAAGUCAAGUGUACCCGGUAUCCGCAUCUAUGAAAACAGGAGCACCCCCAAUGGAGGUGUGGAGGGACUAUCUCGAUGGGGUGUCGGGAGGCACACAUGACAGUCGUCACUCCUAUCCUCCUGCACUCACUGUGCAUACUGCGACUUACCACCGCGCAGAACCGGAAUGGGGGGUCAAUGACCAGCGGGGCGAUGCCGUCAGCGAGAGAGCACGACACUCUGACCAGCCUGGAACCCGCUAUCAGCAGGAGCUCACCCGUCUGCUAUUGAGGGAUGCUGUCCUGGAGGGCGAGGUGCUACUUGGAGGUCUGACUCUAAAAGAACAGCCCAUCUCGACCACCAACCCCGCACCUACCCCAAUCCCUGCCGGAGUGCCAGGGAAGUCCCUGGAGGAACAGAUGGCUGGGAGGGAGUCAUCAAUAUCUCUGGACAGGCAGGAAUACUUUGGUACGUGUUUGAAAUGCGGAAAAGGUGUUUACGGUGCGGACAAUGCCUGCCAGGCUCUGGACAGCCUGUAUCACACCCGCUGCUUCAUUUGUGUUUCCUGUGGCCGAACUCUGAGAAACAAGGACUUUUAUAAUGUCAGUGGCUCAGUUUACUGUAAGGAGGAUUACAUGUUUUCGGGCUUUCAGGAUGCAGCUGAGAAGUGCAGUCUUUGUGGUCACCUCAUAUUGGAGCAGAUUCUACAGGCUUUAGGGAACUCGUAUCACCCAGGAUGUUUCCGCUGUACGGUCUGCUCAAAGGCUUUGGAUGGAGUGCCAUUCACAGUGGACUACCUCAACAAUGUCUACUGCGUUUCGGACUACAACAGGACGUUUGCUCCAAAGUGUGCUGCCUGUUCACAGCCCAUCUUACCUGCUGAGGGCAGUGAGGAGAUCUUUAGGGUGGUGUCUAUGAAUAAAGAUUAUCACUUUGAGUGUUAUCACUGUGAGGAGUGUGGGAAGCAGCUCUCCGAUGAGCCUGGAUCUCAGUGCUUCCCUCUGGAGUCCCACCUUCUCUGCCACUCUUGUCACAUGACCAGGGUGUGCCACACAUAACCUUCCCCUCACAAUACACAGUGAACUAAUGUGCCUGACCGACAAACUUUGUACGUCACAUGCGACCGCUGUAAAAUGUUUUUUUCUUCUAAUGUCCGUCUCUUCUACAUCAGUUCUAUUUUAAGAUAGUGGUGCAGAUUUUUUUUUACAUUUUACUGAGGUUUGAGACUUGAGGUCAUAAUACAUUUCAAGUGCAAAUCCCACCACUAAAACUUCAUCACCAUCUAGUGGUUGGGAAACGCACCAAAUAAUUCCUGCUGAACAAAUUAUUUCUGUAAAAGUUUUCCAAUUAAAGGAUUAUUGCCUGCUUACUAUUAUUAGGGGAGUUAUUACAGAACACUACUGUUUUACUCCCAUCUACUGUUUGCUGUAGGGAAAAACAAGGGACUUUUUUGCUAAACAUUUCUUUAUUUAAUAUCACUAGCAAAGAUUUUGCACUUAAACAUGUUUACCUAUUAAGAGUUUUUUUUUUAAAUAAAAUGAUUCCAAAAGAUUUAAAAACAUUCCUGUAUCUGUUUUAAUAAAGUAUCUUUUCCUCUG